AUGGCUUUAAUACAUAAUAGUUUGAUCUUCCUGUGCCUCCUCGUCUUGACGCACGCUAAAAGUGUUCAUAAAUAUGAAGAUUCGAAAAGUGAAUUGGAAGAGUAUAUUUUAAGCAAGAAGAAGGAUAUUAAUCCAAGAUGGAGGCCUUUAUACCAUCUCGCGCCCCCCGUUGGCUGGAUGAACGAUCCCAAUGGCUUCUCGUACCACAAUGGGAAAUAUCAUAUGUUUUAUCAAUUUUAUCCUUACGACAGCGUCUGGGGUCCGAUGCACUGGGGACACUUCUCGAGCCCUGACCUUGUCAACUGGACUGCCUUACCCACAGCUCUAUUGCCGGAGGAAGAGCAAUGCUUUUCAGGGAGUGCGAUAAGCGAUGGUAACACAUUAACUUUGAUGUACACCGGUCACGUGAUCACCAAUGUUGAACCAAAUUACGAGCAGAGCCAGUACUUAGCGUACAGCGAUGACGAAAUUAAUUUCUAUAAGUAUGAAGGUAACCCAGUUUUGCCCGAGUCUCCGAAUGGCUCCCCAGAUUUCCGAGACCCAAAAGUAUGGAAGUAUGGGGAGGAUUAUUAUGUCAUAAUUGGAAGCAAAACUUUAGACAACCGUGGCAGAGUUCUCCUGUACAAAUCUAAAGAUAUGAAAAACUGGGAAUUUUUAUCUGUCCUCGGCGAGUCGAAUGGUGAACUGGGAUACAUGUGGGAGUGCCCCGACUUUUUCGAAUUAGAUGGAAAAUUUAUUCUCCUUAUGUCGCCUCAAGGAAUACAGCCGCAAGGAGACCGAUUUAAAAAUGUUCACCAAACCGGUUAUAUAAUCGGUAGCUUCAACUACGAUACUAAUGAAUUUAUACCAGAAGUUUCGUUCCAAGAAAUAGACUUUGGCCACGACUAUUACGCUGCUCAGACGACUGAAGCAAACGGAAAACGCUAUAUUGUAGCUUGGUUUGCAAUGUGGGAAGUACCUCACCCAGAAGACGUCGAUGGCUGGGCGGGAACUUUGACAAUUGCUAGAGAGCUAAGUCUGGUAGACAACCGAAUCUUGCAAAAACCGGUUGAGGAUUUCGUUAACUUGAGAGAACAUGUGGCCUUCGACGGUGAAUUUAGACCAAAUGAAGUGCAAGAGUUUGGCAAAGCUGUAGAAUUACUGAUCGACAGUGAUUUAAGCCAGAAGGUAGAUCUGUUACUGGACGGGGUAGAGGGUGGGGGUAGCGUGUGGUUGCGCUGGGACCCUGAGACCCGCAAAGUAGUUGUAGAUCGAGGAUCUGGAGAUGUGAGACAAGUUGAAUGGUCACCUAUAGGAUCUCAGUCUUGGAGAGUGUUCCUGGAUGCCAGUAGCUUGGAAUUGUUCUGUGGAGAGGGAGAAGUGGUCUUUAGCAGUAGAGUGUAUCCUCUAGGAGGAUGGAAACUGACCAACCAGAGUCCUCAGAGUAUUCGCGUCAAGGCUUAUAACUUAAGGCGGUCUGUACCGGAA